UGAGUUAUAUCAACUUUAAAUGUUCAGAUAUCUUAACCUACUGUCACGCCCUGGUCGAAGUAAUGUAUGUUUGUCUUCAUUUAUUUGGUCAGGCCAGGGUGUGACAUGGGUUAUUGUGGUGCGUUUUUGUCAUGGGGUUUUUGUGGGGUGUCUAGCAUAGUCUAUGGCUGCCUGAGGCGGUUCUCAAUCAGAGUCAGGUGAUUAUGGUUGUCUCUGAUUGGGAACCAUAUUUAGGCAGCCAUAUUGUUUGAGUGUUUCGUGGGUGAUUGUUCCUGUCUCUGUGUUAGUUGUCACCAGAUAGGCUGUAUAGGUUUUCACAUUCCGUUUGUUGUUUUUGUAUUGUUCGUGUUUUUUUCUUUAUUAAAGAUGUAUCGAACUAACCACGCUGCAUUUACUAACCACGCUGCAUUUACUAACCACGCUGCAUUUACUAACCACGCUGCAUUUACUAACCACGCUGCAUUUACUAACCACGCUGCAUUUACUAACCACGCUGCAUUUACUAACCACGCUGCAUUUUGGUCCGACUCUCCUUCAACGGAAGAAAGCCGUUACACCUACACCACAUUUAGUUUGGAUUCAAAUAGAGUACCAGUCAAAAGUGUGAACACACCUACUCAUUCAAUGGUUUUUCUUUAUUUUUUAAACUAUUUUCUACAUUGUAGAAUAAUAGUGAAGUCAUCCCAACUAUGAAAUAACACAUAUGGAAUCCUGUAGUAACAAAAAAGUGUUAAACAAAUCAAAAUAUAUUUUAAACUUGAGAUUUUUGGUUCCAACCGCCGUGUCUUAGUGAGAUGCAGAGGAGGUGAACGGCCGAUCUCUGCAUGUGUGGUUCCCACCGUGAAGCAUGGAGGAGGAGGUGAAUGGCCAAUCUCUGCAUGUGUGGUUCCCACCGUGAAGCAUGGAGGAGGAAGUGAACGGCCAAUCUCUGCAUGUGUGGUUCCCACCGUGAAGCAUGGAGGAGGAGGUGAAUGGCCAAUCUCUGCAUGUGUGGUUCCCACCGUGAAGUAUGGAAGAGGAGGUGAACGGCCGAUCUCCGCAUGUGUGGUUCCCACCAUGAAUCAUGGAGAAGGAGGUGUGAUGGUGUGGGGAUGCUUUGCUGGUGACACUGUUGGUGAUUUAUUUCGAAUUCAAGGCACACUUAACCAGCACGGCUACCACGGCAUUAUACAGCGAUACGCCAUCCCAUCUGGUUUGCGCUUAGUGGAACUAUCAUUUGUUUUUCAACAGGAAAAUGACCCAACACAGGCUGUGUUAGAUGACCUGGCCAAUUGAGAUGGUUUGGGAUGAGUUGGACCGCAGAGUGAAGGAAAACCAGCCAACAAGUGCUCAGCAUAUGUGGGAACUCCUUCAAGACUGUUUGAAAAGCAUUCAACGCUGGUAGAGAGAAUGCCAAGAGUGUGCAAAGCUGUCUUCAAGGCAAAGUGUGGCUACUUUGAAGAAUCUAAAAUCUAAAAUAUAUUUUGAUUUGUUUAACACUUCUUUGUUCACUAUAUGAUUCCAUGUGCUAUUUCAUAGUUUUUUUAAUGAAUGUACAAUGUAGAAUAAUAGUAAAAAUAAAGAAAAACCAUUGAAUGAGUAGGUGUGUCCAAACCAACCGACUGGUACUAUAAGUACAGUGUAUCUACUCUGUUUUCAUGGAAUUCACUAGGAAGAGUAACCUACAGAUGCUGUUCUCUCCAAUCCCACCCAGACAAGUGCUGUGCUUCUCUUAGGCCAAAUAAAACCCAAGUGUUUUCCACUGGCAAGAAGAAAAGAAAACUCCUUAUUUUGAUCCAUUUCUUCUGCCGUAGUUGGUAACCAAGGGCUUUCUGCCAACUAACGUAGUAGUUAAAGAAACAACCUUCCAAACUUGGUCAUUUUCCACCCUCCAACAGAAACAAGUUGAAGGAUCCCCUUUAAACACAGUAAAUCACCCCCGGGGUCUUGUGUUCAGUCCAUUAUCUGUCCAGUUGUAGUUGGAAGCAACUGUUUUGGGAUCGAGGACGUAUUUAUCGCACUAUGGGGAAUGGCAGAACGUACACGAGAGGACUGUGUAUCACUUUCAAUGUCCUGCUUCUGGUAUCUGGGGUAUUUCUGUUCGUAGUUGGGGUUUCAUACAGCUUCCAACACCCUCCUGAGUUUGACCAUCGGAGUACCCUCCAUGAGAUGUACGUACUCAAUGUGUUUGGACCCAUGACGGUACUGUUCUCCAUCCUGGGAGGCUACGCUGCCUACAGAGACAAGAGAAUACUCCUGAUCCUGUAUGUUGUCUUCAUGACCUGUGAAUUCAUAGCCAUCGUAAUCAUCGCCGUGCCGAUGGUUCGUGCCCAACCGAAGAUGGAGGAGAUUCUGGACAGAAGGUUUCAAUCUGUGACUCCUCUUCACGAUACUGAACCGCAAGUCCAGAGGGAGCUGAACAAACUCCAGGCAUCAGAUCAAUGCUGUGGACUGUGUGGCCACUCAGACUGGGGUUGUCACAUUCCACUCUCCUGCUACUGUCCUCCACUCCCUCCAGACAACUCAUUGGACAGUCUAUGUGAGACUGUAAAUCUAGGCCUACAGAACACUAUGCUAGACUGCCAGCACAAUAACACACACGGACAAACUACAACUUCAGUGUCCCAGGAGCGCUGGGUGUACAGCAAGCCGUGUGGUCCCAUCCUGAAGAGACACAUGAACUUCCUGAUUCAGAUCAUGAUCGGAUUCAUCUCUACAUUUGCCACCAUUAUGAUUGCUGCCAUAGUGAUGUCUCUGGUAGUGCUGGCCCUCCAGAUUUGGUCCACAGAGCCACCGGUCAACGACAGCCUGGACAGAGUCAAGUACCAACUCAGUCCUCUAGCUGUCACCUGACCUCAGCGUCAACACCACAGAUAACCCUGCUCUGCACGAGAACUUGAUUCAUAUAUACCAAACUGUUAUCCUCCUGCUGGUAUUUUGUUUGGAACACUAGCUACAGUGAAAAUCAACACACGGCUAAAUUCCAGUGCCUGAAACGUUCCAGUGCCUGAACUCAAAUGAAAAACAAACACACGGCUAAAUUCCAGUGCCUGAAACAUUACAGUGCCUGAACUCAAAUUAAAAAAAAAAAAAAACACAUGGUGUGGCUCUCAUCCCACCUCUUCCCUGCUGUACAGUUUGGUUAAAGUCUGGGUUUCGUUUGAUUUCCUGUACAUGAUAAAUGCCAAUUGUUCCCCUCAGAUCUAACUAUUGUACCUUGUUGUUAAAGUGCAUUAAAAAAUAUGAAACUGCAUGUUAAUAAUGAGUGUAAAAGUGUGGUAUGACAAUGGUGAAUGAACAAGCCAUUAUGAAUAUCUGUUCAACAUGGUGAAAGGUUUUUCAACCUCACAACAACAAGCAUCAUGUCAGUAAACAACCAGCUCAGAGUUAAUAAAAUGAUAUGAUUUAAAUCAUUA